AUGGCGAGCUCGAGCUCAACCGAACGGAUCCUGAAAAGGGCUAAUCCCUCAACGAUUCAGGGCAAGUUUCUUGUAGGAUAUCAAGGAUGGUUCACUUGCGCCGGCGAUGGCGAGCCUAUCGGCCCAGGUCAUCACGGGUGGCUGCACUGGCUGAACCACCCAAUCCCCAAUGGUGGACGUCCCAACCUCGAUCUAUGGCCCGACGUGUCAAGCUACGACCCUUCUGAGCUGUACGAAGUCCCAGGAUUGAAGACCAAGAACGGCGAACCGGUCCAUGUGUUCUCAUCGCGGAACCCCAAGACAGUUCAGAGACAUUUCCGAUGGAUGGCGGAACACGGAGUGGAUGGAGCGUUUCUGCAACGAUUCGCUGGAGAGUGCGAUCCAAGCAACGAGGGCCAUAGGAGAUUGAGAGAUGAAGUUGGUGACCGUGUCAGGGAGGCUGCGGAGCAAGAGGGGAGAGUGUUCGCGAUAAUGUACGAUGUGACUGGAGUCCCAGCUGAGCGCAUCCAACACAUUCUCGUUCAGGACUGGUUGCACCUCAUCCGCCAGAAACGCAUUCUGGACAGUCCUGCCUAUCUCAGGGAAAAAGGAAGACCGGUGGUAGCAUUGUGGGGGAUACCGAAACUGACGCCACGCAAAGGAUUCGGAUUCGAAAAUCGAGGACACACACCCGCGAUGGUUAGGGCUAUUGCCCAAUUUUUCCGAAAUACAACCCCAGGCGGAGUGUAUCUCAUGGCAGGCACCCCAACACACUGGCGUACCGCGGAAGGAGACUCUGAUCGAAACCCUGAAUGGCCAGCGGUCUGGCUGAAUGAAUUUGAUGCAAUCUCCCCAUGGACCAUCGGCCGCUACAAGACCGAAGAAGAGGCGGACUCGUUCGCAGAGAACAGCCUCAAAGGCGACUUCGAGCGGAUCCAACAAAAUAAUCAGCAGACCGGUCGCAAGGUAGACUACAUUCCAGUUGUUUGGCCUGGUGGUUCCGGUCACAACCUGUCCGAAGGAAAGUGGGGCUUCAAUGACGCUCCGAGGAAGGGUGGUCGUUUCUUGUGGAAGCAAAUAUUCAAUGCUUACCGUGUUGGGGCUCGCAUCAUGUACGGUGCUAUGUGGGACGAAUACGAUGAAGGCACUGCCCUUAUGCCUGCUGUUACCCACAAGCACAAACUCCCAGCAUCGGAACGGUGGACCUUCAUGGCCCUCGAUCAAGACGGGCACGACUUGCCCUCCGAUUGGUACAUGCGCAUCUGUGGGUUUGCGGGCGAAGUAUUGAGAGGGGAAAGAAGGGUGUUUGAAACGUUUCCAUCGAAAGAGUUGCAAGACUAUUGGUCGACACGACCGAAGUAUGAAGAGAGAGCUAUUACAUCGACCGAAGGGAGCUCCUCCUCCUCUGGGGCGCCUACUACAGGCUCGUCGAAUCAAGGUGGUCAAUCUUACGAAGAAUGGUUGAACUCUCAACAGAAGUCUCAGGAAGAUGAGGCCCCUCCUCCCCCCUACACACUCGAAGCGGAAGAGCCUGUCACUUCUCCUCCGGCGCCAGCUGCGACUGCGUCAUCUGCGCCACCAACAGUAGCACCUGCUGCAGCUGCGACGUCGUCAGUUCCCCAACCAAUUCAAGGUCCUGCACCCACCGGACCGACAGUAGCGGGACCCCAAACGCAGAUCUCGGAUCGCCCUGUUGGCAACACUGCGCCUCCCGCGAGCGUGCAGACAUACCCUGCUGCGAGCCAAGCUUACAAUUACGGAGGACCAGCUGCACCCACUGGGGGCCCGAUCGCACCGGCACCUUCAGACCCUGUUGCAAACUUGACGAACGACUUUGGUCGGGUUGGGUUGUCUGGUCCUGCAGGGGGCCAACCUGUUGUAUCCGGUGGUCCGACGUCCGCGCCAUACCCGCCGACAAGAAUCUCUCCACCCCCUGUUCAUCCCGCGCAUCCUGCAGCGCAUCAGAGCCCCCCCACGCGGCCACCCACGACCACCGGCACCCAGCCACCUCCGGCGUCGUAUUCCCGGCCUCAAUCAUCACAUUCCAAUGCUGCGGGACCAUCUCCGACGAACCCGCCCGUGUCUACCCAUUCUACUGGAACGUGGGCUGCACCUCAAUGGCCGCCUUCCGAUUGGCGGGUCCCAGGAGGAGCAAGUUCGAACCCAGCGACGUCUGGAGCGCCUGCGCAAGGUUCGGGAUACCCCGGCGGCGCUAAUUUGUCGAGACCUCAAACAUUCACCGCUUCGAGCAUGACGCAGGCUGGUUCGACUUCGUUGCACCAUUCGCAGAGUGUACAUCAUUCUUCGAGCUUGAGGCCUCCUGCUCCGCCGGCUGCCACUAGGCCUCAAAGUGCACAGGGUAACACGACGCCCGCGACAGCGUCCACGGCGCCAGCACCGUACCCUCCUCCGAACAUGUCGACGACGGCACCUCCCACUCCUUACGGUGCUCCUGGUUCCGGUUAUGGGAAUAUGCCUCCUUACGGAUCAUCUUACCCGUCGAACAAUAUGCCCAGUGGACCGUCGGGCUAUGGAGGUCCCCCUGCACCUGGUUCAUCCUACGUGCCUCCCGGUAAUCCCAAUUUCCCGAGUGGCCCAGUUCGUACUUCUACGUUGGACGACUAUGGCGCUCAAUCCAGUGGCUACCCUUCAUAUCACUCCACUGCACCUUCUUUCCCAGCCAAUUCUUAUCCGUCGUCUUCUGAUCCAAACCAACCCCCAACAUGGUCAGGCGGACACUCACCUCAUACCUCCCCGCCUAUUAGCCCCGGUCCUCAGACUGUGAACGCGAACUUCCCCGGUGGUCCAGGGUACCCUUCUCAACCUCCGUCGUCAUAUCCAUCCUUCCCUUAUGGUCCUGGCGGAGAAGCACCAGGACAGUACGGAAAUACCUCUAUGCCUCAAGCCCACGGUCAUUAUCAGCCUCCACCUCCGUCUGGACCUUAUCAGCCCGCUUAUCCGAAUCCUCAGCACGGCGGCACGCCUUCUUCAUACCCCCAACCUUCUUCGCCUACCUCCUUCCCAACUGCUUCGCACCCAACUGGUACUUCGACCCCUAUCGGUAAUCAAUCUAUGCCCUGGCCAGGAGGCCCGGCUACCUCCUCAACGUCAGGGCCAUCAAACUAUGGGGGAUAUGGACAUGGGAGUUCGUCUUCUAAACCUUCUGGGAUAAGCUUCCCUGCUGCGGGUUCUAGCGCUUUGGGACUUGCGUGGUCAGCUGUGGACAAGGUCGCUGGACGAAAGACUCGCGAACAGCUAGAGAGUCAGGUGGGGAAUUUGGCACAAUCGGGGAGCAAGUUGUUCAGCAAGUUUACAAAGUGAUGUCGUUUUUGAUGGUUUGGGUUUAGACUGGGUACGGUUUUUGAGGAUGGUCAUUUUUUCUGUUUUGUUUUGUGGUCGAUACCCCGCUUCAUACGCUUCAUUCGAUGCGCAGGCUCUGUCUACUAGCUAUG